AUGAUUGCCAAAGAAAAGAAGCCCCACACGAUUAGGGAGACCCUCGUGAAACCUUGUGCGCUGGAGAUGGCAAAAAUCGUGCUGGGAGAGGAUGCCACGAAGCAAUUCAGUCAGGUGUCCUUGUCCAAUGACACCGUACACCAGAGAAUUAAAGACAUGAGUCAGGACAUAAUAACCCAAGUUGUCAGCGAAAUUAAACAAAGUCCUGCAAAAAUCAGCAUGAAGACAGAUGAAUCAACUGACAUUUCAAACCACAGUCAAUUGCUUGUAUUUGUACGUUAUGUACAUAAAAAUAACAUCAAGGAAGAGUUUUUAUUCUGUGAACAACUCAAAACAACAACCAAAGCACUUGACGUAUUCAAGCCGAUCCAAUCGUUCUUUGAUCGCCAUGAGUUGGCAUGGGAUUUGAUAGGAUCUAUUUGUACAGAUGGAGCUCCUACCAUGAUUGUCAAAAAUAUCUGGAUUCGUUGCUAUGGUCAACAAGAAAGCUCCACAUGUGCUCUGUACACACUGUGUUCUACAUCACCAAGCUCUGUAGAACUUCGGAAUGAAAUUCUCGAAUUCCUCAAGCAUCAACAAUCCCCCCUAGCUGAUAAUUUUGAAGAUGAACAUUUUAUUGUUAGCCUGGGAUAUUUGGCUGAUAUUUUCAGUCUCCUCAAUGAUUUGAACAUAUCAAUACAGGGAAGGAAUGUGGACAUUGUUCAAUCCAGGGAAAAAGUUGUCGCAUUUGCAAGGAAAUUGCCUAUCUGGCGUAUAGAAAGUGGAAACCUGGCAAACUUUCCAAUCCUUGACAAUAUCCUUAUUGGAGAUGGUAAAACACUACCUGUAGAAAUACUUCAAGAAGUCAAAAAUCAUUUGGAAGUUCUAAGUACAAAAUUUGAGGGUUACUUUCCAGAUAUGGAUGAUCUUACAAUGGAAUCCGUUUGGAUACAAAACCCUUUCUCGUUUGAUAUAUCGAGAUUAAGUAAUAACGAUUCAGCAAAAGAUGAUUUCAUUGACUUCCAAGAAGACCCAAAAAUGAAUACUAAUUUCAAAAGGGCUGGGAUGGAUGUCCAGCAGUUUUGGUGUGAGCAGAUUCCAGCUUACGCAAGUUUGGAAAUGAGGGCAAUGAAUGUUUUGGCUCCCUUCACAACUACGUAUCUCUGUGAAACAGGAUUCUCUGCUUUAUUAAAUCUGAAAUCAAAGUGGAGAAAUCGACUUGAUGUGUCAGAUGACAUCCGAGUAGUUUUGUCCGUAACUGUAUGCUGA